GACCGGCUUGGGGGCGGGGCCGCAUGGAGGGGGCGGGGCCAGACCGGGGUGGGCGUUCACGAGGCGGGCUCGUGGCGCUGAGGGGGCGUGGUCUCGCUGGCGGCGCGCCGGCACGUGCCCCGCGCCCGGGCCCGGGUCGGGUUUCGGAGCCGAGCCCCCCGGGGCGCCCCGCUCCCCCCACAGCGCCCCGGGGGGUCGCUGCGCUCCACCCGAUCUCCUGCGCUCCGCGGCGCGUCCCGGGGACGGCGGUGGCCUCGUCCCUGCGAGGGACGAGCGCAGGUUCGGGGCGAUCUGGUUUCCUCCUCCUUGGCUCUUGGCGUGGGGAGCAGGAGCAGGAGCAGGAGCGGGCGGAAUGUUCUUCCUCUUCCGCGGGCCGCAGCGGCGCGGCAGCGGCAGCCCCGCGCCCCCCACCAGCCGGGGCACCCCCCGGCGCCACGGCCCCGGGCGGAGGGGUGCCCGCGGCUCCCGCCCGGCCCCUCGGCUCAGGGGUCCCGGUACCGCCGGCACCGCGGGGAGCCAGGGCAGAUUAAACCGUAGCGGUGCGUCCCCCAUGGAGCUUCAGCGGGCUGCCGAGGGGCCGGGGCCCCGCCCGUCCCCCGCUUUUGGGCAGGAUGGGAAGCCACGCUCGGGCGCUCCAGGCUCCGGCGCAGGGGACCCUGAGGACGUGCUGGACGCGGCGCAGACCCCCCCGAUGCAGGGAUACUCGGUGCUGCAGGGGCUGGUGGGGCCGGCCUGCAUCUUCCUGCGGCAGAGCAUCGCCAUCACCCAACGGGACCGGGAGCUGCGGCCCGAGGAGAUCGAAGGUGAGGCGCUGGGGAGGGGGUCCCGCUCGGGUGGGUGGCGGUGCCGGGGCGCUGGUGGUGACGCUGUGGUGUUCCCAGAGCUGAAGCAGGCGUUCCGGGAGUUCGACAAGGACCACGACGGAUACAUCAGCUACAAGGACCUGGGCGAGUGCAUGCGGACCAUGGGCUACAUGCCCACAGAGAUGGAGCUGAUCGAGCUGUCCCAGCAGAUCACCGGGGGCAAGGUGGAUUUUGAUGAUUUCGUGGAGCUGAUGGGCCCCAAGAUGCUGGCGGAGACCGCGGAUAUGAUUGGGAUCAAGGAGCUGCGUGACGCCUUCCGUGAGUUUGACACCAAUGGGGACGGACAGAUCAGCAUGGCGGAGCUGCGGGAGGCCAUGCGCAAGCUCCUGGGGCAGCAGCUCAACUACCGGGAGGUGGAUGAGAUCCUCAAGGACGUGGAUCUCAAUGGCGAUGGCCUGGUGGACUUCGAAGGUAGGAGCAGGGAAGGGGCCAGGAGCGCCCGCAGGGACAUCUGGGACGUUGCAGGUGUGUGUUUCCCCCCGGCAGAGUUUGUGCGGAUGAUGUCGCGCUGAGGGCGUGCGUGCCAACGCGGGACCCAAGCCCCCCGUGCCUUACAGACGAGGGGGCCACGGAGGGACCCCCGGCUGCGGGGGCUGGGGCGGUGCCGGCGCAGCGGUGCCGGUGCCUGGGCGAGGCUGGGUGCCGGAGCUGCUCCGAUGCUGAGGUCUGACCGUGGUGAGGGGCA